AAAUGACGCUAAAUACAAUAUAAGAGAGAGAGAGAGAGAGAGAGAGAGAGAGAGAGAGAGAGAGAGAAACCAACACAACGCAACUCGCCCCUGAUAUCGUGCUUGCCCUAACCUCUCUUUCUCCUUCACUCCUCUUCUUCCAUCAAAGAAAGCCCUCUUUUCUCUUCUCCAACCCUAAGCCCUUUGUCUUUCUUCUUCACCACUCUUCUACUAUUUCAUAUUCUUCUUCCUUCCGACUCCGUUGUUUCUCCUCCACUUCCCAUUCCCAAUCUAUAUUGGAAUAAGAACCGGAGGAUGGUGUUUGCAUGAAGAUCCAGAAACUUCCCAACAACUCACGCAGAAUACUCUCCUCCGUCGCCAUUAACGUUUCUCUCCUAGCUGCGUGCAAAACAAUACUCUAAAAUGGCUGAAGCGGUGAGGCUCAACCUCUGAAUGUAGAAGGAGCUCAAGCUUCUCCUCUCUGACCCUCCUCUCGGCACCUCCUUCACAUGCCUUUCCCCCGACUCUGACUUCUCUACCUUCAUUUUGUCUGUCAUCGAUGCCGAAAUGAUAGGUCCUGAAGGAACUGUGUAUGAGAAGGGGAUCUUUAAUAUUACGAUCCAGGUACCUGAAAGGUACCCAUUCCAGCCUCCAACUGUGACUUUCGCCACCCAGAUUUACCAUCCCAAUAUCGACAAUGGAGGCCGUAUUUGCCUUGACAUUCUUAAUCUCCCAAGGGGACAUGGCAACAUCGCUGUGUGGAAUGGAAGCCGGAAUCGGAAGUGAGUCUUUAUCUACUUCACUUGCAAGGGCAGUAGCUCCCACUGGACAUGUCUAUACUUUUGAUUUCCAUGAACAAAGGGCAGCCUCGGCUAGGGAAGAUUUUGAGAAGACAGGAUUAAGCAGCUUGGUUGCUGUUGUUGGAGUAAGAGACAUUCUUUAUUGUUUUUUUUUUCUUUGUUACAUUUAUGAAAUUUGCAAUUGGAUUUUCUAAGUACUGCGUUUUAAGGAUUGGUUAUUUGGUUAGGUUAAAGUAAUAGCUUUGAUAAGUUUAUCCUUAGGAGUGAGAUGAUUCUUUUGGGUGAAUGAAACUUGUUUUAAGGAUUUAGGGAAUUCGAACACUUUAUUUGUGUUUUUUAUUGGAUGUAAAGAUGAACCCCAAUAUUCUAGUGUUUGAUACAUAGCUCAAUUUUAAGAAUGUAGUCUAUUUGAGAUUAAGAUUGACAAUAUUAUUGUGUUAAAAGCCAGCAGCAAGCUUGGAGAGUGAGCAAUAAAUUACUUUGUAAUCUCAUCAUAUAUAGUUUUUUUUUCUUUAAUUUUUUUUUAUUGGUAUUAUUUUUGUACCAAUUAGUAGUAACUGGUUAUUGUUCAAUGAAUUAAUGGUUGAUUCUCUGCAAUCAUAAUUUGAUAAUGCAUGUGGGGAAAAUUACAUGAAAAAUUGCAAUGUCUUUAUCUCUACAGUGAUAAUUUUGUUAAGUUUGCAUGAUAUUUUAGAUACUAAUUCCUCAAAUAUUUG